GGCUCAGUCAUGCCGGCUUCACGGUGCAGACUGUGACCGGAUGUGCCCUAAAACAUGUGGCACAGAUGUGCAGGAGCCUGCACUGGCUGAAAUUGCAGACAGCAUAGUUGAAGUUGUUGCAGAGCUGGGCUUUCCCCAAGUAAUGAAUGGGUCUCCCCAGUUUGUCAAACUGGGUAGCCUGCUGGCUGGGACCCGGGUUGAUCCCGCCUCUGGAGGUACUGGGGGCAAGGACACAAACUCUUCAAUGUCUGAAGGCUGAGACAUGACGACUGCAACCACACAACAACAACAGAGAAAGGGAGAGAGGAGGGGAAAAAGAAAACAAAAACAACCUGUUAACCCUACGACCUGCUGCCCAUAAGCCGACAGACAAGGUGACAGAAUCUAAACCCCCCCCCCCCAGCAGCGUGGAACGUUUUAACGAGAAGCCGACGAGGCUGACAGGGAGUAUGAUAGUCGUUUCCACUGACGUAUGAGACGAGCCCGAGUUUGUCUGAAUCUGUGACGUGGCAGAUUCAUUAAAAACGAACACUGCGGGCUAACGAACCUACAGACGUGGUAGGUGAUGUAUGUAAGUAUAGGAUUUGUGGAAAACAGACCGUAUGACGUAUGACACUAUUCUACGAGAUGAUGCGAGGUGUCUCUGUCUGUCGUGCGAGAGUGUGGCUGUACUAGCGAAUGUACCUAUGCUAGUGGUGUAUGCACGAAGUUUGGUGGAAAAAGGUUCCUACCCCUUUUUUUUUUUUUUUUUUUUUAUUAAACAAUCCACCUAUUUUUUUUUUUUUUUUUUCCUUCUUUAUUUAACAACCCACUUUUUUUUUUUUUUUUUUUUUCCGUCAAACUGGCUGAUGUGCAAACUAUGUGUCUAAGGUAUGUAUGUAGUGUAUGUGAAGAGUGUCAAACAUGUGCACCACCAGCAACCUUGUAAGUAAUCAACCCAGUAAUGGCACCAGGACCCAGCUACCAGAGUUUUAACCUGCUGAGCCCAGAUGACUCGCAGCCCCUGUGUAAACUUUAAAUGCAGGUUAUGUUGAAAAGGCAGUGAGCUCCAACCAUGUGACAAUGCUGCCCCCUGGUGCCAAAACUUGAAUUGCAUGUGCCUGAACGUAGUGAGGAGAAGCGAUCCUCCGGCACACUUCCACCUCUCUUCACACCCUCCUACCCUCCCCCACGUUGCCACACUGCCCAAACAAACCAGUUAUCCUGGACAACGAUCUUUAACAGCUGCAGACUGAAGGGAAAGGUACACCCGGCUUCUCUGAGGACCCACUCGUGCAGGACGCUUGCUGAUGACGUCACACCCGGAAGUAGCAGACGUCCGAAUGCAGACGUGCUGCCUGGGAGAGCCGGACUGCUUAAGACAGCUGGAAUGCUUGUUUGUUCCUUCUAUAAAUCUUAAGUGUGAAGACUCAGAGGAACCGACUUGGAUGAUGCCUUCUGAGAUAUGCCUCAGUACUAAAGAAAUGCUAACAGGUCAGAGGCAUUGCCAGUCCAUGUCACACAAAGAUGCUGUUCUGUCUGCGUUAAAUCAGCAGAGGAGCGACGGUAUACUGUGUGAUGUCACCCUUGUUGCUGAAGAGCAGAAGUUCCAUGCCCAUAAGGCCGUGUUGGCAGCCUGCAGUGAUUAUUUUCGGGCAAUGUUUAGUCUUUGCAUGGUUGAAAGUGAAGCCGAUGAAGUCAAUUUACAUGGUGUCACCAGUCUUGGCUUAAAACAGGCUCUUGACUUUGCCUACACUGGACAGAUAUUAUUGGAGCCAGGAGCGAUCCAGGAUGUUUUGGCAGCUGGAAGUCACCUACAGUUACUUGAGCUCUUGAACCUUUGUUCCCAGUAUCUGAUACAGGAACUAAGUAGCUUUAAUUACUUGGACCUGUAUAAACUAGCUGACUUGUUUAAUCUGACAUUGCUGGAGACAGCAGUGGUGGACUUUCUAGUAAAGCACCUGUCAGAGCUUUUGAAAAGUCACCCGGAAGAAGUUCUUGCACUGCCCUUCCGUCUGCUCAGAGAGGUCCUGAAGAGUGAUCAUCUGACAUCACUUAGCGAAGAGCAAAUUUGGCAAUUGGCUGUGAGAUGGCUGGAGCACAACUGCCGUUAUCAGUACAUAGAUGAACUGCUGCAGUAUGUACGUUUUAGCCUUAUGGAUACAAACGCUCUUCACACUAUCAUCCUUUGUCACCCUUUGAUUCAAGCUAGUGAAACAGCUACAGCACUAAUUAAUGAAGCCUUGGAAUAUCACCAAAGUAUCUAUGCACAGCCGGUAUGGCAGACCAUACGGACAAAACCGCGCUUUCAGUCCUGUACACUUUAUAUUGUUGGAGGAAAGAAGAGGGAGAUCUGCAAAGUUCGGGAGUUGAGAUAUUUUAAUCCUGUUGAUCAAGACAAUGUUCAUAUUGCAGGAAUAGCAAAUUGGAGUGAGCUGACUCCUAUGCCGGUAGGGAGAAGCCAUCACUGUGUGGCAAUCAUGGGUGACUUUUUAUUUGCGGCAGGAGGGGAAGUUGAGCAUGCCACUGGGCGCACCUGUGCGGUGAGGACAGCAUGCCGAUACGAUCCUCGCAACAAUGCAUGGAUUGAAAUAGCUCCAAUGAAGAACUGCCGGGAGCAUUUUGUUCUGGGUGCACUGGACAAUUGUCUCUAUGCAGUAGGGGGCAGGAAUGAAUUACGACAGGUACUGCCAUCUGUAGAGCGGUACUGCCCCAAGAAGAACAAGUGGACUUUUGUACAGUCGUUUGAUAGAUCUCUUUCAUGUCAUGCUGGAUGUGUUGCAGAUGGCCUUCUCUGGAUAUCAGGAGGUGUGACUAAUACAGCACAAUACCAGAACAGACUCAUGGUGUAUGAUCCAAAACAGAAUAAGUGGAUUAGUCGCAGCCCUAUGCUGCAGAGAAGAGUUUACCAUGCCAUGGCAGCGGUCCAAAGGAAGCUUUAUGCCCUGGGUGGAAAUGAUUUAGAUUACAACAAUGAUCGGAUUUUGGUGCGACACAUAGAUUCUUACAACAUUGACACGGACCAGUGGACACGCUGCAGCUUCAACUUACUCACAGGGCAAAAUGAGUCUGGAGUUGCUGUUCAUAAUGGAAGAAUCUACUUGGUUGGUGGUUAUUCUAUUUGGACAAAUGAACCUUUAGCAUGUAUACAGGUGCUGGACGUUAGCAGAGAAGGCAAAGAAGAAGUGUUCUAUGGGCCUACACUGCCAUUCGCCUCUAAUGGGAUAGCAACAUGCUUCCUGCCUGCACCGUACUUUACAUGUCCCAAUUUGCAGACUUUGCAGGUUCCACAUCAUAGAAUAGGCACAAUGUAAAGAAUUUAUUUACAUAGAAUCAAGAAAUUAACACAACAUACGUUAUAUUAUUGUGGGCGAAUGAUAUAGCUAAAUAAUAAAAACACAAGGUUGGUGCCAUUCAUAUAUGUUCUAUACAUAGCUAUAUAUCUGUAACCCCCUGUGCUGGCUGAGAAAUCACUCUACUGCCAUAAGCAUCAAUAUAUAGUCAGGGCAGGGUAUCAUUGUGCCUGGAAAACUUCUGUACAGUACUGCAAAUGAUUACUCACAGCAUUAUGACGCAAAGGCAACAGUGACUAUGCAAAAGGCUACUUUCUCACUAGAGUGAAGGUGUCAUUGCUAGACCAAUAUGCUCCAGUCACUAGUGUCUGUACACUUUCACACUAAGAACAAAACAAAUGGUUAAAGGGCAAUACACAAUGAUAAGAAUUUAAACAUAUGCAACUGACUGGAUGUAUGUGAUAAGCAAAAGGGAAUGUCAACCAUAAAAGAUCACUGUAAUUUUAUGAUAUGUAAAUAAUUUUCCAUAUCGUUCCGUUCUAAGCCAUGGUGUGGAACAUUGCAAUGACUUUCAUAUUGAAGAGAUGGGACAAAUAUAAAAGGAACUGUGAUAAAAAAAUGAAGUUUGCGUAUUUCCAACCCAUCAACUUUGCUGCUAAUAAGUUACUGAACAGCGAACCUAAGUGCAAAUAAAUAAAAACCAUUGUUCAA